AUGGAGACGAUCAUUCACAUCUACGAUCCUAAGCGGCCCCUUCUCCUUCUGGAAUACGUAAACAUCAGUGACAAGGCCUCCCGUCAACCAACAUCGUCUCCCCCGAACGUUCUUCUCUUCGUCGGUGGACUCUUCGACAACUUCCGGUCGCCACGCUACGUCGAUGACCUGGCAGCUCUGUUCCCGCGCGACGUGCCUGACCAGACAUGGAGGGUAAUGCACGUCCAGCUCUCAAGCAAUGGGAGGAGCUGGGGGCUGUUUGAUCUGGAUCGUGAUGUCGCGGAAAUUGCUGCCGCCAUCACAUAUAUCAGAGACACUAUAACCCGGUCUCCUUCCACACCCGUGGUCUUGAUGGGUCAUUCAACGGGCUGUCAAGACCUCAUGCACUACCUUAUCUCUCCGAUGCCGACAUCAUCUUCCCGUCCGACCAUCUCAGGCGCCAUUCUACAAGCGCCCGUCUCCGACCGCGAAGCCAUCCUGAAUGCGGUCUCCGAAUCCUCUGCUGCAAAGGCCGCCUACGAAUCGCUCUUGCAAAUCGCCUCUUCUACACCAAAGGAGAAACAUAAGACGACAAUUCUGCCCAUGGACAUCAUGAAGCCUCUGUUCGGCCCUGUACCAGUGACUGUUUUCCGCUUCCUUAGCUUGGCCUCGCCGGAUUCGCCAGAGAGCCCAGCAAUGGAUGACUAUUACUCCAGCGACUUGUCUGAUCAGAGACUCCGAGAGACUUUCGGCAGAAUGGGCUCUGCUGCGCAUCUUCAACCGUCAGGCCACCUCGGGGAAAAGAGUAUUUUAAUACUCCAAGGCGCGAACGAUCACAGCAUCCCUCCGUCCGUCGACAAAGCCCUGCUCCUCUCGCGGUGGAAAGCGGCACUUGAAUCGACGGCCGAUGCAGCUCUCUCCCCACACUCUCUCAUCAUACCUCACGCGGUGCACGACAUCUCGGGCUCGUCAAAAGAGACUCGAAGAGCACGCCUUGUGGACAUGCGCAGCGCGGUGCUGAAGUACCUCCAAGACGUGGUCGGCGGGAUCGAUCCACCAUCAGGAGGCGACGACGACGACGAGAGACGACCAUGGGCGAUUCUACACAAGGAUCUGAAGGACAUCGAAAGUGGAGAUAACGAUGCUGACGGCGAAAAGGGCAAGAGCGCCGAUACUUCUCCUAAACUGUAA